AUGGAGCCGGCGACCUGGUUCGCGCCGGACGCGGCCGCGUCGUCCGUGUACGUCCCCUUCUUCAGCUCGGUGCUCGCCACAGGUGGCGACUUUGAGUCCGAUCUGUACGGCCAGGGCUCCAUGAAGGAGUUCAGCUUCAAGAGCGGCAGUACCAGGAACGCGUGGUGGGCCUUCGACUUUGUGGCCAAUUGGAUGGAGCUGUCUUACAACAACAUGUCGAAGCAGUACGUCUAUCCGAAGGUGCAGCAGGUGCAGGGUGAGGUGAUCGAGCAGGUGGCUGCGGCGGUGGCCUCUGGCGCAGACCUCGCCAAGGUGUCGAAGGACAUCCAGCGGCGGGUCGUGGAUGAGUGGUGGGAGCUCGCAGGCAUGCUCAUCGUGCGCUACAACGACGGCUUCUUCAACUUCCCCGAGUCCGCCCCCCACAAGAUUGCCACGAUCGGCUACCCGCCCUUCUGGCUGGAGAUGCUCGGCUACUCCAACCAGAACUGGGCCCCCACCUGGGUGCAGCACUCGUGCUCGGUGCCGUCGCUGCUGCCGGAGGAGCAGCGGGCACUGGCGAGCCCCAGCGCCAGCCUGCGGGAGCUCGAGGGCCACUUUGGCCCCGCGUGCCCCGCGGAGCACGCCACGCUUGCCGCGCCCGCCCUCCCGCGGGGGGGCACCGGCGUCGGGACCGCGCUGCUCUGCGCGGCGGCCGUGCUCGCCAGCAGCCUGGUCAGCUUCCGGGCCGGCCAGCGGAGCGCCCGGCGGCGGGUGGAGGAGGAGCAGUGCGGCUACACGAGGAUCCACGCGUAG